GCUCAAGAAAGUAAAUCCAUGUCUUUGUUUUACAUAAAUUAUCAUACAGCAAGGAAUGACAUUUUUGCUAAAGUAAUUAACAAAUACAAAGAUGAAUCAAUUCCUUAAUUUUUAAUUCUCGAAAUAUCGAAUAGUUCAUAUUUAUCCAAUUUUCGAUUAUAUUUAUUCGCCAGUUUCCAACAAUAGGCAUUGGCAACAUGGCGACGCCAAACAGAAAAUAAAGGAUAGUAUUUGUGACAAGUAGUGAAUUUGUCGACAUUUUGAUGAAUAUAAACAAAAAGUGUUAUUAAUUCGUUUGAAUAACAUUUUCAAAACCGAUUGGAUAAAAUGGAUGAGGACCAUCACACUACCUAUAUAGACGGAGAUAUCGUCUGGGUGAAGUUGGGUCCUGCUUGGUGGCCAGGUCAAGUUAAAGAUCUGAGUAAGAUCCCUUCAGACAAGAUUGAAUUCAAGAAACCACCUUUAGUAUUGGUUAAAUUUUUUGAAGAAGAUUCUUACGAAUAUGUGAGGAAGUGGGGAAAUAUAUACCCAUACAACUGUGAAAAGAAAAUCGAGUUUAUCAAAAAGGGAAUGGCUGCGUUUCGGUCAAAAGCAACACACAUGGAAACAUUUCCUAAAGACGUGACUACUGCUGAAGUUAUGGUUGGAGGUAAUCCUAAUAUUCUCAGCGAGCCUCAAUUUCGCCCCGAAGUAAAGAGAAAUUAUGUAAACGAAAUUUUUGGUACACCAAACAGUAAGAAAAGGACCAACACAGACAAUAGCAUCAAACGUUCAACAACCAAAACUCAGCUAGAUACCUCCCACAUAACUCAUAGAAGAUUUCUUGGAUCAGAUGAUUACAAAGCCUACAUUUGCAUUCAAUACCCUGGUAAAGAUAGAAUACCGGACAGUGAUGAUGAAAAAGUAGUUGAACUCAAAACUGAACCAGAACGCGAGUACGACUGCCACACUUGUUCUUAUAGUACAAAACGUCUCGAGGUAAUGAUAUUACACAUAAAGUCGCAUAUACAAUUUGAAGAUAGUCCACCGAUCAAGAAAAGAAAGAAACCCGUCACACCAAAACCAAAGAAGAAAGAACCUGCUAAGAGUGCUAAGCGACAGAGGAUGUCAGCUUCUCAGUUAAAUGAUACUUCUAACGAUGAGGCACCCGAACCGCCAAAAGAAAGAAAGAAAAAGACAAAGACUUCACCAUCCGUUAAAAAAUCUCCAAAAGUAGUUGAAGAGGUUAAGCCUAAAAAUUCUAGUGAUAUUCGUAAUGAUCUAUUGGCAGAAUGGGACGACGAAGAGGAUGAGUUAACCGAAACAGAAAAUAUGAGUAUAACAAAUGAUUUGAGCAUAUUAAGCGCAAAUACAACUACAGCAAAUGAUUUGAGCAUAUUAAGCGAAAAUACAACUACAGCAAAUGAUUUGAGCAUAUUAAGCGAAAAUACAACUACAGCAAUUGAUCAAAUACUAGAACCUAUCAACGAACCUGAACCAGAACCUAUCGACAAACCUGAACCAGAACCAGAAGGAAAGACGACAGAAAACGAGAUGAAAAAGAACCUAGAAGACGAUAAAGAAUCUGCAGUCGGAGAAGAGUUAUCUCCAACAAAUAAAACAGACGAUUCACCAAAAAUUGGCCCUGCAUCUAGCGGUGAUACAAAUACACAAAAUGAUGUUAAAUGCUGUUUUGAUUUUAACGAUGAAGAAGAAGAAGUAAUUAAUACCACAGUUCAAGUUGGCAGAAAAAUACCGAGAGUCAUACCUCCAACAGAAAAACGAAAAUCGGAGAUUCUUGACGAUAUCAUUGAUUUAGAAGAAGGUUUUAAUAAAGAGGAAAUCUUGAAAGUAAGCCAGAGUUUCAACGAAAAACAUGCUGAAAAUAACGAACUUGAGAGUGCGUUUAAAGAUUUGAUGGAUGAAGUUUCCGUCCCUAAAAUAUCUGAGUUAGAAAACAGCCUCAAACCGACCCAAAAUUUUCACUCUGUCAAGACUAUAAAAUUUCCGGAUAAGCAAGAUGGUCCACCCAAAAAAGAUCGCGAUAAAAACCGCCCAGAUGUUCACACAGAACCGAUUAAUCCCAAGAAACGAUUUGUUAAAAAUUUUGAGGAGUUCGAGAACCAACUUCAAAGAGAGAAAGUGAAAAGCAAGAAGCAGCAAGCUUUAAAAAAGAAGAGUAGAAAAGAGAUCUUAUUGCAGGGUAACAACGAUGACAGCUCAGAUAAGACUUCAGAUGACGAUUGUAAAGAUUUACCAACGAAAAUCAUGUCGUCAAUUCUUGAUGAAGCCAAGAUUAGCGAGGAAUCCAAAGAAAAAAUUAUGUCUAAACUCAACAAAAGUACACGUGGUAGAAAUGUAGAUUCUUGUUCAACAGAUUCAAAUGCUGAAGUGCCCUCACCUAGUGAGAAGGCAGACUCAAAGGGCAAACAGAAAAAAUUUGAUAAGAAUGUUUCAACCUCAGAAGUCGUUGACAUAAACACUUCUCAUAAAAACCAAGGUCGUAUUAGAAAGUUUUUUCGUAAAAGCACAGAAUUAAAUACUGUUGAUAUGUCAAAAUCUCAGCAGCAGGAACCUACUGUUACUGAUGUCCGAUGUACAAACAAAACAGAAGAAUCAUUGAUUGAUGAUACAAAUCUAAAGCAACAAGAAAUUGGUACUUCUACUUUGUUAGCAACAACUGUAAGUGUUUAUACAAAUAAAAUGGCCUUUAAGAAGAGAAGUUUGCGUUCAUCUUCAGAAUUCAGUAUUUUAGAUAAAUCUCAUCAUAUAGAACCAGUUUUAUCACCUGAAAUUGUUUACUCCAGCGAAAAAGAUGAUAAAAAACGCAAAAAACAUGACAAACGUAAAAAAAUUCAGCCUGAAAGUAUGGCUGGUGUUGAUGACUCCGGUGAACAAAAGGAAAAAGAAGUUGUUAAAGAUUUAAGUCACACAGGUGCAACACGUAGACAGCAUUAUUCGUUAUCGGAAAUAAAUGUUGAAACAUCGAAUGAUCAAAAGGAAGCAUUAAUUAAUGUCCAUGACAAGCAAGACCAAGAAAAAGCCAUAAGUAAAACCCGUAAGAGUCUGAGAAAAUAUUCAACAGAAAAACAGCUUCAAAAUGAGACUGUACAUUUAGACAACGUGGUAACUGGUGAUAUAACUCAAGAAAAACCAUCUACUGUGACCAACGAACCGUUAGGUGUUAAUAAUGCUGAAAACAAAGUGGUUUUUUCUCAAGACUUUUAUAUCAGAGACAAUAGCAAGAAAGAAACACUUCCAAGAAAAAAACGCAAAUUUGUAACAGAUUCCUUUUCAGAAGCCAGUGUUGAUCAAUUAAAUGUGCAUUCAGGCGUCGUUGCUCAUCAAGAAAGGGUCAUUGACACUCUUCUUGAGGAAACAUUACCACUUAAGAGACGUAGGAGCUUGCGGGUCUCAUCAUCAGAAGCCACUACGAAGGACACUGCAAUUAUACACCAAGGUAAAGAAGAACUAAAUACCACUAUAGCACCUACUAAUGCAAGUAACGAUGAUUCGACUGAAAAAAAUCAAAAGGGAAAAGAUUCUUCUGACAAGACUAGAUGGUCGAAACGAAUAAGCCAUCCAAAGAAACGUACAAGAUCUUUUCCGGAUAAUUUUGAUCUAGUAGAAACCAAACCAGCGGUUAAUGAAAAUAUAACAGUAACAGACGAUUCUCAAAAUUUAGAAGGAAAAGAAUCUGUAAUUGUUUCAAUAGAUCAUGAACAAAAUGAACGUCCAUCAGAAUUGGGCGAUACAGAAAAUAAAAAAGAGACGGUAGACUUUACCGAAAACACAGGCGCAGAAACGCAUGAAGAACUAAAUGAUUCGAAAACACAGAUAAGUGAUUGCGUUCCACAUGAAUCUGCAACUAAAACCGUAGAAAGCGAAUCUGAAAGGGAACCCGUACAAAUUCGUGUAGAGGAAGAAGAUGCUGUUUACUUGACGGACAACAAAGAGCCAAAAUUAAUUACAGAAAAUGCUGCUCUUUUAGACAGCAACUCCCCGAAACUACAGGAAGAUGUAGCACUUCAAAGUUCAUCAGAAAUCCUUGUUAAUGAUCAUAAAUCCGAAGAAAAUGAACAGGAACCAGUUCAGCAAUGUACGGGUGACGAAAAGAAUGUGGUUCGAGAAGUUUGUAUUUCUGAAAGUGAAAAUAUUUCUGUGAUUAAUCGCAUUACGGAUGGACAAGACCAUCCUAUCCCAUCUGACAAUCUAAAUGUCGAUGUAGAUACUAAUGACAGAUUAUCUAAGAAACAAAGAAGGAAUAAAAGAAAAUCUUCCAAACACAAACAUAAGAAAAAGGGGAAAACAAGCAAAGAAUAUUACAGAAAUGUUGAACUUCGAAAUGAUAGUGAUAUAGAAAGUAGUAACAUUGAAGUUAACCCUUCGAAAACGCCAAUUGGUGAUAGUGUAGUUGAGGAAGUUUCUAAUUUUUCACAAAGUGCUCAAAGUGAAGCUGAAAUUGUCAAUAAGGAAGAUGCAACCAUAAAAGAAGUGAUAAUCGAAAAGAAAACUGUUGAUCUAACAGAAGAAAUAGAUUACAUUCCUGAACAUGAACCUGUUACAGAUGAGAAUUAUAUUAGCAUGACUGAAUCUAAAGAAAUAACAUCUACCAAGCAAUCAACAGAAAACCAAUUUAGCGAAAUAAAAGAAACUAAUGAAUUGAUUGUAACUGACGAAGCAAACGAUUCAUGUGUUGAUAAAGAAAAACCAUUACAUGACGAAACACAAGAGUCAACAGAAUUUGUUGAUCAAACCGAAAGAGACUCAGCUAAAGUUCAAGAAUCAACUGAACCAGAAAUAUAUCUAACUCAUGAUGAGCAACCCCCAAAAGAACUAAUAAAAACACAGAAAUCUUCCAUCUUAGGGGUUAUUUCUAGUGAUGAAGAAGAACUUAUUAAGAAGUAUUUAACUCCGGAGGAACCAUCUGAAGAGCAUACUCUGGAAAAACCAGUAGUGACUCAGGAAGUAACAGUAGACAACUUUUGUGGUAGUACAGAAGAUAGAUUCGAUUUAUCUCCAGAGGUUUCAUUCAAGAAGCAAACUCUGGAAGAACCUGUAGUUACGCAGGAAGCAACAGUACCAGAGGACCUCUCUGUUAGUAAAAAAGAAGAAGUCGAAGUGACUCAGGAAGCAACAAUACCAGAGGACCUUUCUGUUAGUAAAGAAGAAGAAUUCAAUUUUAGUCCGGAGGUACAAGAGCAAACUGUGGAAGAACCCAUAAUAACUCAGGAAGCAACAGUACCGGAGGACCUCUCUGUUAGUAAAGAAAACGAAUUUAAUACAUCUCCGGAAGUACAAUUACAGGAGCAAACUCUGGAGGAACUAGUAGUGACUCAGGAAGAAACAAUACCAGAAGACCUUUCUGUUAGUAAAGAAGAAGAAUACAAUUUAACUCCGGAGGUACCAAUAAAGGAACAAACUCUGGAAGAACCCGUAGUAAUUCAGGAAGAAACAAUACUAGAGGACCUUUGUAUUACUAAAGAAGAAGUCAAUUUAACCCCAAGUGAAUUGUCAGAAGAGCAAGUUAAUGAAGGAGAACCUUCUGUAACUCAAGAAGUAACACCUUUAGAAACACUUUCUAGAGAAGAACAUGUAGUGACCAAGGAGGAAGAAUUAUUAGAUAAUAUUCCUGUUAGUAACGAAGACGAAUUCAAUUUUACUGUAGAAGUACAAUCAGAAAAGCAACUUAAAGAUGAAGAAGACGUUCUAAGUCAGGAAGUAACAACAUUAGAGCAACCUGCUAUUAGUAAUGAACAAUUUGAUGUAGUUUCUGAGGCAGAGUCGGAAGAGCUACCUCAUGAAGAACCUGUAGUAAUUGAAGAAACACCAAUGCACCUUCAGACAGAAGAAUAUAACAUUACUACGGAAAAACCAGUAAAGCCAUGUCCUACUAAUGAAGACUUUUAUUUACCGUUGGAUAGAAAGGUAGAAGAGCAACCUCAACAAGAAGAACCUAUAGUAACUCAGGAGGAACCAAUAUCGGAAGAACCUUUUUCAACUAAUGAGGAAAUUAUAUUAACUGAAGAAGAAUCAAUAAAAGAACCUGUGCUCGUAAUUCAUGAUGCACAACAAGAGGAACCUGUAGAUAGUAGUGAAGAACUAACUUUACAAUUAGAGAAGGAACCUUCAGAAGGAGUAGCAGCAGACAUUGAGGACACAUUAGUUGAAAAAGAUUUUGAACACGACGUGGAAGGAAUAAAUCGAUCUCCGCAGCAACCUGAGUUUCUUAUUGAAGAACAAUCUCCAGAGGUUAGGGAAACCUUGAUAAUUGAGGAACCUGUUGAUUCAAAUGAACAAGCAUUAGACCUUACCCAAGACUUACACUCAGAAAAGCAAGUACCUUUUGCUUUUGAUGAAAAAGAAUCAAAAUUCGAUCAAAACGAAACAUCAGCUGCAGAAGCAUUUGCUCCUAAAGAGGAAAAUAUAAUGGUUAAUGAAGAAGCAGAGUUUAUGAAGCAACCACAUGUUCUCAUGGACGAACAAAAAUCUACAGUUACUCAGCAAAUAGAAAACCUGGAGACUCCAUUUGCUACUAAAGCGGAUGCAACUGAGAUUCUUCAACCUGUAGAGGAACCACAGCUGAUUGAAGAGGUAGUAGAGGAAAUGUGUGAUACUCCUGAAGAGAAAUUGACAGUUAUCCAUAAAAACAAAUCGAUUGAGGAACAUGUUGAAGUACCUGCAAAACUGCCUACAGAAAUACAACCAACAGAAUUAGAACUACAUUCUAUCAAUAAGACAGAAACUACAGUUAUUAAGAAAUUAAAAUCAAGAUUUUAUGAAAUUACAGGAUUAAAUGUUCAUCAGGAGCCUCAACUUAACCAAUCCGGAACUGAUAAUUCCGGAGUUACUAAUGCAGCACAUUUGAGUGUAAUUCAAAAAGCAUCUGACAUAGUCGAUGAUGAAAAAUUAGAUGCUAUCCAGGGAACACAAGCAAACAACGAAGUGACUGUUAUACAGGAGUUAAUACAAGAACCACAGUUGGAUGUAAUUGAAGAGUGUGUAGUCCAUGAAGAUAUUCAGAGUUCAGUAUUAAGUGAGCCAGCGGAUGAAGUACCUGGAAGUUCAACUCCUACUGACGAGUAUGCAGUACUUAAAUCAGCUACUUCCAAAGAACAAUUAACGAAUGAGAAGCUUUUAGACACUAAUGAAGAAGGUAACCAGUAUAGAACCAAAUUAUCUGCAAUCGAAGAAUGUCUGGAAAAGCCCAUUGCCCAUCAAGAAUUUGGGGUAACUUCUCGACGAGAAAUUGUGUUUCAUGAGACACCCAAGCAGUCAAACAGCUCUGACGACAGUGAAGAUUUAACAGUUAAAAAAAUAAUUGAUUCCUCUGUUAAAGACCAAGAUAAACUCUCUAAAAAACUACCAGAUUCAAUAUUUAAAGUGCCGGCAAGUUGUGUGAGCAAAUCUGAGGUCCGUUACAAAAAGAAUACUUUUGAACACAGACCAGAACUAAAAAAAGGUAUGCAUUUUACCGACUUAGAUGAAGUAGACGAAAACAUAACCGAUUUGGUUAGUGAUAUUGUUAAAAAAUUAAAUCAAGACGGUAGUGAUAAAAAUCAAGAGGACUUAGAUAUUGAAUUAGAAGAGGAAAUUAUUGAUAUUUCUGCAAAAUCCCGCAGCCCCAAAGUUGAUCUGAGUAAAGUUUUACAAAAUGAUAUGCAUACGGCUUCUUUCGAAGAUGAUCCUUGUCGAAUUAAAAAUUAUAUUGAACCUUCAUACAGCGAAAGUAUAACUGGUUUGGAGAAGAGUGGAGAAAAUUCUCAAAGCCCUAUUGAAAAUAAAACCGAGAAUACUCAAAGAAUGGAGGAAUACUCCAAAGAACUUGAAAUUCACUGUGCCAAUUCAAAUGACUCUUUUAAAUUCUGUAUACAGACCAAUCUUUCAAAUUUAUCGAGGAGUGAAGAAAUUUCAGCUAUAGCAUUAGCAACAAUGUCCGAACUGAAGUGUGAUUCAGAACCAGCUACUAUCAAUAACAACGUACCCGCGGAUGAUUUACCAAAACCAGACUUGUUUUCUGAAAAAUUAUCUGAGACAGAAAUGGCUGCCAUAGAAGGAAAUUUAACAGUUAUGUCUGAAAAAGAUUUAGGAGAUGCACAAGUAGAAAUUACCUCCGAAAAAGUGAUAAGUCCUAAAAAACCAGUUACUCUGUCAAGUUUCUCAAUGGACUUUUCAGAAUCGAUCAGUGAGAAUGACAAAAGCCUGGAAAAAAAUUCGAAAGGUACCGAAUUUACUUCAAGAGCCAUAACAAAAGAACUAAAACCAAGAGCUAAUGUCAAAAAAAUAAAUGCGUAUAAUCAAGGUGAGUUGCUUGAUAUAUUAGAAGGGAAUGAUCCAAGCAAGAAAGCUCCAGAAUUGCAAUCCCAGCCUAAAAUUGUUGAAGAUGUCGAAUGUGAUUUUGACGAGAUUAUUUCCAAAAAUUUAAUUUCAAAAGAUGGUGUAAAAUCUGUCGAUGAAGAGUCUAAAAGUUCCCCUUUUAGUUCCAAGUUGUUUGAUAGACUUUUAGAUGGAAAAAGCGAUUCUGCUGGACAGGAACCAGCUACCGAAACUCUUCCAAAGCAAAAAUCAAAGGCCAAGCCAGUCAUCUUGUCCGAAAAAAUUAUCAAAGCUGCACCCGAAAAUAAAAAAGUUAUACCAUCUUCCGAUAGUAUCGUCAAUGACGAUGACGAUCUAAAGACAUUUGUCAUACAGAAUAUUAAAAAGCACAUCGAGGAGGACGAUCCAGUUCCGGCGUCAAAACCUAUCCGAAAAUCAAGAGCAAAACCUUCUUGUAAGGCAAAAAUUUUACAGCAAACUAUCAUAACACCAUCUGGAGAAGUUCUUCAGCCAACUGGGUGUCUACCAAAAAAGAAAACAAUUCUCAUCAGUCCGACGACCUCUACAGUUGCUGCAAGGGUUUCCGUCGAGGGUGGACCAUCGCAGACGGCCAAAAAAGCACAGAUUAUAACUGGUGGCACGAGGCCAACCAUCACCACACCUUCCACAAGUCAAGAUGAUAAUGUUUUUGACAUCUAUAAUAUGCCGAUUGUAUUAUCAGACCAAAUAUUGACACCGGAAAGUAUUGAAAGUAUGCCUAUUGUAAUUGAUAAUAACGCAUCAACUAAUGCACGUACCCAACCAAGUACAUUACAACCAACGUCUACAUCAACGAAAUUAGCAAUUACUAAACCUGCUACAUAUACCCGUACCGCCGUCCCAACUAAGACAAUAGCGCAGCCCCAAAAAACCAUAACCAAGCCUAGGAUUCUACAGGCUGCUCCAGUUAAACAGCCGAUAACGCCAGGAAAGGUUCUUGCGCCGGGAGUUUUACCUCGCGGUGCAAAACCCGGUACUUACUUUUUUCUUAGCCAGGGUGCGCCUGGUUCAUCACAACAAAAGGUGAUUACGAAGAAGACAAUUGUGAAAAGAAAUGUUCCGAUUGCCAAUAUUGCUUCUAAGUUCCCAGAAGGAACUGGAAAUAAAGUUAUGAUCGUUACUGAUCAACAAGGACAGCAACAAAGGGUACUAUUCAACCCAAAUAACCAACGACUGUUAAGCUACUCAACUUUAUCAGGAUCUAAAAUUGUGAAGAAUGUAUUAAAGAGUAAUUUAAUACAGAAAAAUGUUUCAUCUGUAAUAAAAAAUGAAGUGGGUCCGACAAAGUCGCCGACUCAGAUUGUCCAGAAGGUUUUACCUACAAGUAAUCAAAUGAUAUCCGUACCUUCAACUUCUCGGACUGUUAAAACUGUUGUAAGAAAGGUUUCGCCAUCAACAUCUAAACUGCCUACUACUGUCAAAAACUCUAAAACUAUAUUAUUAACUGGGAAAAAUGGACAGACAAUAAAGAAGAUAGCAGUCGCCGAAGAUGAUAUUGACAAACAGGUAGCUGAACAAUUGGAAGCAAUCAAAGCUAGCAGUGGUCUCCAAUUUGGUUCUCAAACUAGAUCAGAUGCACCAAGUACAUCAAAACAACCAAUACAAAAACCUGCGAUACGAAGGUCUUACGCCAAGAAAGAUUUCAAACCCAAACCUCCAGUGGUGACUACUAUAAGUGAGGCACUGUCAUCUGCUCCACCUCCUCUUAUAGUUUCAAAGAAACAGACUGUUUCGGCUCCAGAACCGAAAAAGGCUGUACAGGUUCAAGAAGAGCCUCCAGUUCAAGUGGAACGUCCAUUGCAGCAAAUGCUCCUUGAACAACCGGACGGCACGUUACGAACCAUCACCGAGGGGGAAAUAUACGGUUUUCCAAGUGAAAGUAUCAGCGGUGAACCAAAUAGCUUUGUUUUCAUGACUUUGGACUCGACUGGUAAUUUAGUGCCUGUGAGCAAUGAGGUUCUUAGGAAGUUAAGUCCCAAUCUAGCUAUAGACGGAGAUACGAAUAACUAUGUACUACAAAUAGACAACGGAGAAAGCAACCAACCAGUAACACUGAGUCAGGCUGCCGUUGGAAAAAAUUCUAAUCCGAUUGAAGAAUUAUCAACUGGUACUCCUAAAGUGGAUAACGCCAAGAUAGAGCUUCCCUUGACCCUUCCCAUAACCAUUGGACAACCACAGCAGCAAUCGUUAUCACUUCCCAUAACAAUUGAACAUCAGCGACCACAGCAGCAAUCGUUGUCAAUUCCUUUAACAAUUGAACAUCAGCGACCGCAGCAGCAAUCAUUACAUGUACUACAACCACAGCAAUCUCAACAAGAGCAACAUAUAACCUCCUUACCAGAUACUCCAGUAAUGAAUGUGGAAGUUGCCAGUUCGAAUGGAGAUCAACCUCAACAUAUAUUGGUAUCAGGGGAUGAUUUAGCGACACAAAAGUUUUUGGAGACCCUCAGCGGAAAUAAACUAGAUUUAGCUACUCUAAUUGCAAACGCCGAGGGAAAGAGUAUUGUGAUACAAACUGUUAACCAGGAAAUUAUAAUUAAUACGAGUACAGACCAUCCGAUGUUGUCAAAUGUAACGGAAAAUACAGAAAGUGGAAGAAAUCCCAUAUUUGCAACGCAUUCCAAUAAAACGGACAUAUUAGCCGCAGCUUUGGCAGAUACAGAUGUUUUUUCAACGCAGCCAAGCAGAGGUGCACAACUAAGUCCUAACAAUGCCCUUUAUCCAAUAAACGUCGGUAACGUUUUGGAAACAAGUCUUACCUUAAGUUCCCCUAUAAUGACACCUUUAGAAGUACCAAGUACGAAUAACAAAAAGAUUUCUGAAGACGAAGCUGAUAUUUUGACGCAAGUACCGAAAAACGUAGACCUUCCGAUUACGAUAACAGAUCCCAAUAUUUCUCAAACAGUGGCCAAUCAACAGGUAGCAUUAAUGGGUAAUGAAUUUCAGUCCAAUUUGGAACUAGGUUUAUCCAUAGCAGAAACAACAAUUUCGUCAGUAACGACCGGGUUAACUAGUCCCAGCUACAGUUAUUCUUUGCCAUCUUUAGACGAAAAUGACAUUUCUCACAAACCCUUCAACAGUAGCAUGCCUCUGCUGAACGAUGACGCAGAAGACACGAAUCUCUCUCACAAAAAGUCAAACAAACACGUCGACAAAAGUGAUCUUAACUCUGACGAUUAUUUAGAACAAAGUCGCUAUACUCUUGGAGGCACAAUGUGCGAUUCCUUAAGUGAACCUCCUCCAGAGAUGUUCGAAAUGCCCGAAGUCAACUCGUAUAACGAGAGAAACGGCAGCAACAUUCCCCUGUAUCUUCAGAGCACCCCGGAUCCCAAAGAUGACGAUGGAACGGACGCGUCGAUUCAGGCAGAGAGUUCUAGCGAAGGGUCUUGCGAGAUUCCUCUGCAGCCGAAAAUUGUUGCCAAGUCUGUGGAUUUGUCGGAAGAGUCCGAUUUGUAAUUGUAAAGUUCUAAUAUUAGAAAGAGCAGGUUCCUAAUUUCUGUGGGUAAUUUAUCAAGUGAUUGUAGACCUUAAUAGAUUUUUGUUCGAAAGGUAUAGAGGGUGUCCAGAAACUCUACCGACAAACGAAAAUAGGAGAUUCCUCCGAUUAUUUUUUAAUGAUUUUAACUUCCAAUCGUAUAGUAAGAUAUUUGAUCACGUGUUUAAUUCUGUCCAAUCAGAUUAAAAUUAUACUGAGAAUUAUCUACUGUAGAAAAUUACUGAUAAAAUUUUUUAAGUAGAUUGUUUCUGUUUAAUGGCAACCAGUUUCCUAGUUUUGACAACUGCCACAUUUAAGAAAAUAUCCAUAUUAUACGUAUUAAAAAAUAAUCUUAUGAAUAUCACACGACAGUAAGAAUAAAUAAGAAAAUAUUGCUUCAUUUUUACUCAAAUUUGUUGUCAUUGGGCAAUAGCCACUCGAGCCCUGCGGGCUCUCGUGUCUAUUGCCAGACAACAAAUUUUCGAAAAACUGUCGCAUUAUUUUCAAUUUAUUCUCACUCUCUUGUGCUAUUAUACCCGAUAAUUUUAAGAUAAUUUAACCCAAUUCACUUAGUCCGAAAAUGCUUCCUAAGGGAGCUAGAGCACUUUGAAGAUGGCGUCUUGUAAUUAGUUUUUCUUAAAUACCCUCAGAACGCUUCUAUUUAGAAAAACGAAAAUUGGUACACAUAUUUAUCAUCCAGAGAUAAAUCGAUUCCAUUUAUUAUGGAUUUCUAGUACCGGUCAUAGACGCCCCUUUUGGGUAGGGCAACGGUUAUUUUAUUCCAUAACUUUUUUAUAUUUAAUUUUUAAGCAUUUUUGACUAUGGAUUAUUAAAUUGUGAGGUAUUCUAAUCCUAAAAGGUACUCUUGCUUUAUGUCCAUAAGAUAUACCGUUUUCUAGAAAAAUCAAUUUGAAAAUUUUUCGUUUCUUGAAUUAAAAAAAAAUUCAAAAACAAACUAUUUAGAAAAACGAAAACUGGUACGUUUAUGUAUAUUCCAGAUAUGAAUCGAUUUCAUUAAUUAUCAAAUUAUUUCAUUAUAAUCAAAAAUAGACUAGGACAAACAAGAAACUGCAUACGAAAAUUGAACCCGAGACUGGGAUAAGAACAUCAGCAUAAAAACAAAAAGAAGAAUAUAUAAUACCAUGACAAGAAGUAUCCUCACUUAUGGGUGUGAAAAUUGUACAAUAAAUAAGAAAACCAAAAAUAAAAUAAAAGCAACAGAGAGAAGGAGAAGCUGCAGAGUAAGUGCAAAUUUCAACGGUUAUUUUAUCGCAUUACUUUUUUGUCUUUAAUUUUUAAGCAUUUUUGACACUAGAUUAAUAAAUUAUGAGGUAUUCUGGUACUAAAAGUUACUCUUGCUUUAAGUUGGUAAAAUACACCGUUUUUUCUUGAAAAUUUUUUUCAACUUCUUUUCAAAUUCAAAAAACAAAAGUUUUAAAUCGGGUUUUCUAGAAAAUGGUGUGUCCUACCGACUUAAAGCAAGAGUACCUUUUAAUUCUAGAAUACCUCAACUUUAAUAAUCCAGAGUCAAAAAUGUUUAAACGUUAAAAACAAAAACGUUAUGCGAUAAAAUAGCCGUUGCCCUACCCAAAACGGACGCCUAUGACCGGUACUAGAAAUUCGCAAUGAAUGGAAUCGAUUUAUCCCUGGAAGAUAAAUAAGCUUACCAAACUUCGUUUUUCUAAAUAGAAGCGUUCUGGAUGUAUUUAAGAAAAACUAAUUACCAGACGCCAUCCUCCAAGAGCUCUAGCUCCCUUAAGAAGCAUUUUCGGACUAGGUGAAUUGGGUUAAAUUGUCUUAAAAUUAUCUGAGGAAUCUUCUGUCUUCGUUUGUCGGUAGAUUUUCUGGACACCCUGUAUACUUGUGGCAUCUGAAAUUCAUAAUUUUGUAUAAAAAGAUAUGAAAUUUAAUGUAAACAAUUAAAAAGUUUUCACGUUUUUGAAUUUAAAUUGAAAAAUGAGAAAAUUAGUAGAUCUAUUAUGAUGUAAUUAAUCAGUCCUUAUUAUUUUAUUAUAUUCUUUAUAUAUUACUUUAUUAUUAGGUACUUUAUAUAUUCUGUUCAAAUCUAAUAUUUGCAUGUUUUUUGUAUAAAAAAAUGUAACAAUGUAAUAUUGGACAUUUUAACAUUGCUAUGACGUAGAAUUUCUUCAUACAGUAUUGUUUGAUAUACCGGGUGUCCACUUAUAUUUUCCCCCAUUUCAACUGCCUAUAGCUUCUAAACGACUCGAGAUAGAAAUAUGCGAUUUUCGCUGAAAUGUUUUAUUUUGGUAAAAGUUUUGUUUGAAUGGAUUCAAUUUUUUAUAUCGCUUUUAAAUAAAUGGCGGAUUAAAAAAAACGUUGACUUUUUUUUAAUGAAACACCCAGUAUAUUAUUUUUGUAAAUUGAAAGAACGGUCAUUCACUUAUCCAGCGAUAUAAAGUUUUUUAAACUCGGUUGCCAAAUGAUUGAGUAAUUAAUUUUUAAAAUGAGAGAUGCAAUGUGGAAAUCACAUAACAGAAUAUGAAUUUGCUUAGUUAUUUUAAUCAUGUUAUUUUAUGUGAUUUCCACGUUGCAUCUCUAAUUUUAAAAAUUAAUUACUCAGUCAUUUGACAAUCGAUUUUAAAAAACUUUAUAUCGCUGGAUAGGUGAAUGGCCGUUCUUUCAAUUUACAGAAAACCAUAUACUGGGUGUUCCAUUAAUAAAAAGUCAACAAGGUUUUUUUUCAAAAAUCCGCCAUUUUUUUUCGUAAUUGAAAGCGAUAUAAAAUAUUAAAUCCUUUCAGACAAAACUUUUACUAAAAUAAAACAUUUUAGCGAAAACCGCAUAUUUCUAUCUUGAGCCGUUUAGAAGUUAUAGGCAGUUAAAAUGGGGGAAAAUAUAAGUGGACACCUGGUAUAAUACCAAAUUAUAGCACUAGACCGGGCGUCAUCUAGGUAAAUCGUAUAUGAUUCCAUGUUUUGCUUUAAUCGUUUCAAAAUAUUUGGUCAUAUUUUCGAACUCAAUCGAUUUUUUCAUAUACGAGUUAACUCGAAUGGAAAAUUUCGUAUACAAAUCCAAAUGUGUAUUUUUGAAUAUUUUCGAAAUGAUAUACGUAUACGAGAAGAAUUUGCACCAGCAACACUGCAAAUUCGAACAACUACUCAAAUAAGAAAAAAAAAAAAGAAUACUUAAUUGACAGUUUUACCUAUUUAAAUUAGUUUCUUGUAAAUUAGCUGAAAGGAUCAAAAAAGGGCAUGAAAUAUGGUGGUUCAGUAUCGGCCGAACAAAAAAAGAGUGGAGCGAAUUUAUUGAGACGCAUCCCAUGUUAAAAUGUAAGUUCAAUGUAAAAAUAUUGUAUACAACAACGAUUAAAAACUAUCAGCUGAGAUCUUAUCUGACGUACACGUCAGAUAAUGACAAUUACUACGUUAAUUCGUAUACGUGCAUCAAAACUCGCAAUGGUUUAGAUCCAUUCGAGUCAUUGUAUAUGAACAAAUUCGUACACUAAGUAUUCGAAAAUACAAUAAACUGGAUUUCGAGCGAAUUUGUUCUAAUUUCGUUUGUUCUAAUUCGAAAAUACCACCCUGAAUUCAUUCGAGCACAUUUCACAUACGAAAUUAGAACACAUUUGCUUGAAAUCCAGUUUCUUGUAUUUUCGAAUACUUCAUGUAUGAAUUUUUUUCGUAUACGACGACUCGAAUGGGUCUAAACCAUUCGAAUGGCAGCUAAUCUGGAAAGCUCAUUGUACUUGGCGCUCGUGUAGUUGGAGGUCACGUCAACUUACGUCAACAUUCAAAUCAAUCUAUUUCUAAGUAAAUAUUGCAUAAUUUAUUUCGCUGUGUGAAUAAUUUGAGAAAACAAAAUGCCUCAAUGUUGUGCUGUGCAUUUGUGCUUAUCGAGAACAUCUGGACACAUGUUUUCCAAAGAUAUUCUGAUGAGAAAAAAGUGGAUUGUAACAAUAAGAAGGGAUAAAUAUGUGCCCACAAUAAAUGCACGUAUCUGCAAUAAACAUUUUGUUGAAGCAGAUUACAUAUUGCCCCUAGAUUCGACUGUAAAAAAUAGAAUACUUCACUAUAAAACUCAGAUGAAAAUUUAUUAUAAACGCACGAAUUAAGAUAUGCAUUUUAUAUACAUACAUUCACACUGUUGCCACAUCUACAAUCGCUUUUUAUGGAGAGAAAAUAUAAAAAAUUUAUAUUUGAAAUAAUGGUAUAGAAAAAUGUGAAAUAAUAAUUUGAAAGAAUUCUCAAGUUCUCAAUAUUUUUUAGUGACUAAAACAUACCUGAUCAAACCUAACCUCGAAAAUAAUAUAAACAAGUUAAUAACUGAAAAUUUAAGUUACAUAUUACCUUUAAAAUAUGCUAUAAAAUGACUAAAACAUAACCUGAUUAAACCUAACCCUAAAUUUUUCUAAUUUCAACUUAAAUUUAAGGUCACCUUUCACCUGGACAAACACCCAAAUAAUUAUACUUACAUAAUUAAAUUAACACAUUCUAUAUUGCCAUAAAGAAUUAUAAUUUUUUUAAAUAUGGCAACAUUGCAGAACCAGCUGCGCUCAACCCAUGCUUAAACCAUACCGUAAACAUACACCAAAUGCGCAACUGUCAUGGCGGCCAUAUUUUGAAAAUAUGUGAAAAUAUCACAUUUUUAAAUGAGAUAAACACAAAAAUUAAUGCCGAGCGCACUCAUUUGUGAAUUUUAAAUUGAAAAAGUAAGGCAGAUAUCAUAUACACAGUUGUCAGACUCGUGGGAGGAGUGAGUCAAUAAAACACUGUGUUUAUCAUUCGAUAAGGGCUUCUUUUUUCCAGUAACUCUCAUAUAUCUUCUCCUCAAUUCGUUUUUCAACGCACAAACAGUCCUAGAUCCGUAUUUUUCUGCCAUCAUUUAUUAUUUAUUAAAUCGUAAACAAGAACACCAUAUACAAACUUCACGAAUUUUCAAAACGUUGACCCCCCCCCCCCCAACUACACUAGCGCCGCCAAGCGGGAGCAACGGCGUACAUAGCUGCCAUUUUGAUGCUCGUAUACGAAUUAAAGUAAGAAUUGUCAUUGUCUGACGUGUACGUCAGAUAUAUCUCAGCUGAUAGUCUUUAAUCGUUGUUGUAUACAAUAUUUUUACAUUGAACUUACAUUUUAAUAUUGGAUGCGUCUCAAUAAAUGCGCUCAACUCUUUUUUUGUUCGGCCGAUACUGGACCACAUUUCAUUGCCCUUUUUUGCUCCUUUCAGCUAAUUUACAAGAAACGAAUUGUUUUUGAUGACAAAAUUACAAUAAAAUAGGUUAAGUAAAAGUGUCAAUUAUUUUUCUUUUUUUUUUCUUAUUUGAGUUUUGGUUGUUCGAAUUUGCAAUGUUGCCAGUGCAAAUUCUUGUCGUAUAUGUAUAUCAUUUCGGAUGACAUUCAAAAAUACACAUUUAGAUUCGUAUACGAAAUUUUUCAUUCGAGUUAUUAUUAUAUUAUUUAUUUUCAACUCAUAUACGAAAAAAAUUGAUUGAAUUCGAAAAUACGAUCCGAGUACUUUACCUUUCACUUAAUCACAUAUACUAUUGUACUUUUCCCUCUUUGAUCAUGUUUAGAUCAACAAUUUCAAGAAUGUUAAUAUUUCCGAUGCAAAUAUCCCUUAUUAGGCUUUCGUUAGUCUGUGAUUCGCAAAACAUGAGAUGAGAAGGAACGAUCAUCAAAUAAAAAUUUACUCUACUACUCUACUCAUUUAGAGUAAGUGGAGAAAUCAGAUGUCUCCAUGCAUUUCGGUCAGUAGCUAGUCUUUCUGCUUCUCUCCAUCCAAUAUUUCUUUUUUACGCAAGCCUUUCCAAUAUUUGCGUUCCACGUUCUUGCUGGCCUGCCUCUUCGUUGUUUGUUGUCAGAUGCCGCUUUCCAUACCCUCUUUACAGUUCUACCCUCACUCAUUCUCGCCAUAUGUCCGAAUCACGAUAACUGUUUCGUUUCAAGUCUGUCUAAGUUCCUUCCAACACCGCACCUUUCACGUAUGUCUUCAUUUCUUAUACGAUCACGUCUGGUCACCCUGGAUACCGCACGUAAAUAUCGCAUUUCGCAUGCUUGAAUUUUACUACGGAUGUUCUCGUUCACUGUCCACGUUUCACUACCGUAGAGUAGCACCGGCCCGUAUACAGUUUGAAUUACUUUCAUUUUUGUUUUCAGGCUUACUUCUUUCUUCCUAAUAAAACUUUUAUUUAGUGCAUAGUAUAAUUUUGUUGCACUCAUUACCCUCUUGUUUAUUUCUGGUUCUAUAUUUCCUUGCCCAUUCAUUAUUGAUCCUAGAUACUUGAAGUCAUCUACUUGUGUAAUGGUCUCAUUAUUCAGUUUUACAUUUAUAUUUUCUUGAGUUAUCGAUGUUACUAAAGCUUCUGUUUUUUCAAUAUUUAUUUUCAUCCCAAAUUUCUUAAAGGCUUCAUUCCAAACGUUCAUAUUCACUUGCAAGUCUUUUUCUGAUUUUGCCACAAUUACCAGGUCUUUGGCAUAUAUCAACUCUGACACGUAAACUUGUUGAAGUUUAUAAUACACCCCAACCCUAGUUCUUUUUACCUUACCCCUGCAUUCUUUUGCAAUUUCUUCCAUAAGAGUGAUGAAUAACAAAUGACUCGGAACACCACCUUGUCUUACACCUGUCCUUGUGUAGAAUUCUAGAGAUGAGCGAUUGUUCAUUCUUACAUUAUUACGUCUACAUUUAUAUAUACUCUUUAUUGCUUGGAUUAACUUCGGUUUCACAUUUCUACGGUUUAAUAUUUCCCAGAUCUUGUUACGUGGCGCCCGAUCAAAUGCUUUUUCCAAGUCCACAAAACAGAGAAACAACUUACUGUUAUGCUCUAGGACUUUUUCUGAUAACUGUCUCACCGUGAAUAUGAGAUCGGUUAUAAGAUUAAAUCAUUUCUAAAUUAAUCAUACUCUCUUUAUAAAUUACCUGCAAAGUUAAAAACGUAUGUAAAGAACUUUACUAUCUUGACUGAAAAUAAUUAACAAUUCUUUUUUGUAUAUACAUUUGUAUAGGUUAUAGGAUAUUGCUAUCAAAAAAUUUAUAUUAGUUUUGAUUUCCUUACGUUUGUACAUAGUUGUUGUUAUGUACAAUUUUGUACAUAAAAGCUUUUAUUAGUGAUUUUUUUUAUUACAUACAGAUAGGUUUUCAUGUAAGCACAUUUAUCAUAAUUAUUAACAUACUUUGUGUUAUAGAUGGAUAUAAUGUGUGAUUACUUUUUUGAUGGUUAUUGUUUCUUUUUUUUGUAACAGAUCUAAAGUUUAAAUCUAUUUUAGAAAUCAUAGUUAUAUUAUUUAAACAUUACAAUGUAUGAUUUUAUUAAAAAAUGUAUUUCCUGUC